AUGGAGCUUACUCUCCAACAAAUCUAUGUCCACAAGAGGAAGCUUGUCAAUCCUGAUAGGAGACUUAGUGCUUCUGAAUACUCCUUGCUUUCCAUCAAAAGAGAUGCAAGCCUGGCCUCCACUCGCUGUCGAAGAAAAGUUCGCUUCUCAGGGAAACCUGAAGAUCAGAUGUCAGCCUCUGCUCGAUUUUCUUGGCUAAGAAGAUCCGUAAGGUUUGUGAUAGAAGAAGAUGGGUUAUCGGCAUUAGUGAAGAAGAUGGGUUAUCGGCAUUAG